CUUGGUCGGAGCGGAGUUGGAGUAGGACACAGAAGAGUUGUUUUCUACGAACUAGCCUACAUAAAAUACAUUUCAGAUUGUGUGGAACUGAACACGUGUACUGGCUUUGGACACAGGUCAUCAAGUACUCCGAAAGGAUUACUCCCUUAAGAUUUACCGCGGGCAAAAUCAAAAUAGCCGACUGGAUUUUUAAGAGAUCUUCAAGAGCGCGAGAUUUCCUGAAACCGACUUUUCUGUAGGUUAGUUUGUAUUAUUGUGUUUAAUGUAGCAGCACCUUUCUGUCUCUUGAUCUAGCUAUUUUAAAUCGCAACUUUUUGUAUAUGUCCGUUAUUUAUAUUGUAUCGUGAUCACGUUUCAAGGCGAGUACUUCUUUCAGCGUAUAAGUAGUGUCUAUUUAAGUGCUUUGCCUUUGAUUCAGUCAGUGAUUACAUAACUUUUCCAGACUUUGCAUAACUUAAAAUCAGAUAUUUCAUAGACUAUUUUUAGUAAUGAGUAGGCUAUUUUAUAGUUUUGGAAGUGUGCUUGUAUUAUAGGUUGCUAUACACUGUAGCCUAGUUAUUGUAGGCUCUACCCUGGUAAUUGCACACUAAACGUUGAAGAUUAGUCAACUAUUUCUUCUAGACUAACAACAUCAUCAGAUUGUAUUUUUUAAAAAUGGAUAAAUACGACGAUUUGGGGCUGGAGGCGAGCAAAUUUAUUGAAGAUCUCAAUAUGUACGAGGCAUCCAAGGACGGGUUGUUUAGAAUGAAAAGAGACGCAAGCAAUAAUCCGGAUUUUGAAGAAACCAGGAGAGUAUUUGCAUCUAAAAUGACAAAAAUCCAUAUGCAAAAACAACAAGAGGAAAUGGCAAAAAACAGUUUGGCAGCGAGGGUCAACGGAGGUUACGGUGGUCACGGCAGAGCUCCAGAAGGCACGUUUUACACCAAAGACAGGCCGCCGAUCAACAACUACAGACAAACGAGUGAAGCAGCGGCCAAACCUCCAAUACUGUCUGGCCCCACAUCAAGCCCUGUCAGCCCGAAUCAGUACAUCGCUUACGAUGGACAAAAGCAGCAUCGAGCUCCCCCGCACGAACUUCCAGGCAGUAGAGGAUACAACUACGGCAACAGUUACGAUAACAAAGAGUGUUUGGAGCUGCACUCUUACCAACCCUCAUCGCCCAUAAGCCCAAGCGCUUCUCAUUACAGCGCUCUGUCACUGCCGACGCACGGGAGCCUCCCAUCCAGCCCAGCAGCAGGAUGGAGUCCCUCUCAGAGUGGCCACCCUGUUCAGGGGGGUCCAAGCCCUGGUGGGGCCACAGCCUUCACCCUUCCGCCAGCCCAGCAGCAACAUCAGGCUACGCCUGUGGGCCAGAAGCCUACCUCUCUCUCCAGUAGCUUAAUGGCUCCUACACUGCUAUCCUCAGGCUCCACUGGGGCCCCCCAUGCCCCGGUGGCACCACCUCCAGCCCGCCUGCCCCCACCCUCUUUUUCCCUGGAGCCCAUGCUGAGCAUUCCUUCUCAGCCUGCUCCGGGUCCUGCCCCCUCAGACUGGGUUAGAGCAAGAGGUGGGGAUACCACUGCAGACCUGUACUGCCAGCAGGCCUCAGCAGUCCCUCAUGCUGCUCCACACCCAUCUGGAGAAGGGGCUGGCAAGGAGAAUGGGGUGUCCAUCAUUCCCUUUGGAACAGCCCAGCCAUUAUCUGGGGAGCCCCCUGUGUCUCUUACUCCACCCCAGCCUGCCACCCUUGGGACAGAGGGUCGCACCUCUGCCUCGAGCACACCCUCCACAAGCUGUGCUCAGGCUCAGGAUCCAAACGGCCAGGUGGCCUCAGUCCUGCCUGCCCCCCAGGACCCAAGCAGCCAGGCACCCCCCUCUCCGCAGGUGUGUGCCAGUGAGCUUCCCACUCAGGAAGCCCAAAGCCCCCCCAGAGCGCUCAAACUACCCUGCCAGACGCUCCUUAUACAGCCCGAGUCGGGGCCAUCGGCAGCUGAAAUAAAAUUAGAAGCGCUCACAAAGCGUCUGGAAAAGGAGAUGGACGCCCAGCCAAAGGCUGACUACUUUGGGAGCUGUGUGAAGUGUAACAAGGCAGUGUAUGGAGCCAGUCAAGCCUGCCAGGCUAUGGGGAGCCUCUACCAUGACACCUGCUUCACCUGCAGUGCCUGCAGUCGGAAGCUGCGGGGGAAAGCAUUUUACUAUGUCUGUGGAAAAGUUUUUUGUGAAGAGGAUUUCCUGUACUCUGGUUUCCAGCAGUCGGCAGACAAGUGCAAUGUGUGUGGACAUUUAAUAAUGGACAUGAUCCUGCAGGCACUGGGCAAAUCCUAUCACCCUGGCUGCUUCCGCUGCGUCGUCUGUAAUGAGAGCCUGGAUGGGGUACCAUUCACUGUGGAUACGGAGAACAAGAUUUACUGCGUCAGGGAUUACCACAAGGUCCUGGCGCCCAAGUGUGCAGCAUGUGGACAACCAAUCCUGCCGUCUGAGGGCUCUGAUGAAACGGUCAGAGUUGUAUCCAUGGAUAAGGACUACCAUGUUGAGUGUUACCAAUGUGAGGAUUGUCAUAUGGAGUUGAAUGAUGAGGAGGGUCGUCGCUGCUACCCACUGGAUGGGCAUCUGUUGUGCCAUACUUGCCACCUUAAGCACAUCGAGCCUAACUGCUCACCACCUGCUUCUGCCGUCUACCAGCACCAGUUCUAGAAGUUUAGCACCACCUGCUGGCUCUUAGCAGAAACUGGCCUACCCCUUCAGAUGCUGCAGAAGCUAACAUCAACCACUCGCUUAAAGAGCAUUUCAGAGCAAAGUGACUGAUUUAACCCCCUGUUGUUUCUGAACUUGAAGUAAAAAAUAUAUAAUAAAUGAAGAAAAGAAUAUUGGAAGAAGGAAGCAAUGGGUUUGACAAAUCUUAUGAAUAUUAUUACAUUUGAAUACCAUUUCAGUAGGAAAUAUUGGUAUGUGCUAGUAUACUGACGCAAUGUUUUACUUUGUAAAAGUAUCAAACACAAAAGCGUAUGCCAUGUGCUUGUACGCCUGUGUGUUUCUCUUGUUAGGGAAGACUAGAUAUAGCAGAGUGGGUUUUCAGUUUUGCUGCAUAUUUAUGAGCUAAGAGAGCUGCAUCAAAAGGCCUGUACUGUAUAUAAUUCUGAAAACCCACCCCAUAUCAGCCAGUGUCAUGGUCUCAUUUGUAUCACCACCGUGUGAACAGAGUUUACGCAUAAACUUUUAAACAUAGAUUGAUCAUUCUCUCAGUUUGAGCUUGACUUAUUAUCAACAUCCCAUGUGUUCCUAUGUUUUAACAGCAAUGGGAAAGACACUAGCUUGUCCCCUCCUUUUACAACAUUUGGCCUGGUGUCUCAGUGUCUCAUGCUCCCAUGUUUUUUGCAGUGCUGACAGGUUAUACCCAAACUAACACCCUGAUUUCUCAUUUUUAAUUCUGUAUCACUCAUAUUGGAAGACACCAAUUCUGAAUUUCUUUUUUUUUUUUUUGUCAUUGUGCUUUUGUUAUAGACAAAAACCAACUAAAUAUAGGUUCAAAAUGCAGUUAUACAACCUUAUUAUAUGCAGUGUGUGUGUGUGUGUGUGUGUGUGUGUGUGUGUGUGUGUGUGUGUGUGUGUGUGUGUGCGCGCGCGCGCGUGUGCCCCCAUACAAGAGAAAGAAAUGGAAAGAAUGCUUCAACUCUUUGGUAUUUCAUAUACAUAUUUUGUGGGUGUUCAUUUUAAAUGUGCUAUAUCUUGCUUAUUACACAAUGUGUAAGAGUGGGAAAGGUAUGAAGAAUAUUCAAGGUAAUUUUCCUGCCAGAACAAACCUUCAGUCCCUUUGGUGCUGAAGUAUGGUGAUGCUGAGUCGGAUUAUGUCCAACAUGGACCAUCUUCUAUAUUUAUACUAUGUCUGUAAAUCCCAGUCCAGAUAUUUCAAUUUACGAUCAGCGAUGGUCUUUUAGGCAUGUUCUUAACAUCUCUACAAUGCUGUCAAUAACUUAUUUCAAACUUCCAUUUGUUAUAUAAUUAAUAUUUGUAAUCGGAAUGAAGGUAAUCUGAAAUUGUAUUUAAGAUCUAUUUCCAUAGCCUCUUCCAUUUCUAUGGUAUAAUACAUCACUAGUAUUAUAAUUGUUAAAAACGAAUGCAAUGUGUUGUCUCCUGUAUGAUUGAUUAUAUCCCAUGAUACCUCUAUGCUGUUGCACUGUUUUGCUUUUUGUAUUUCAAGUCUGCUCUUAUGUUGCUUUUAGUGUCCACUCAUUCUGAAAUAUGACCUGAGAAAAGGAUUUUCAACAAGUGAAACAUAAUGAUUUAAAAUUAAGUCCAUAAUCAAACUGCAUUUCCAUUCUGUUCAAUUACUGCACUGUUACUUUUAUUUUGAUAACAUUAUUUAAAUUAUGUACAAUAAAUGGUGUAACAUAAA